GGACGCACUAACGUGUAUAAUUUACACCGGCUGAGUCCUGCUCCAGCUCUUUUAUACCUCAUUUAAAGGAGAAUCAACCACAAGGAAAAGGUGCCUGGUUUAAGCUCUACCACACUACCUGCAUGAGAUACUGCAUGUGCUGUCCUUUACAGUAAAUGGCAUUGCUUUCCCCCCCCCCCCAUGUAAAGAGAAUCAAUAGCAAUAUCCCUGAUAGUCCACAACAAGCCUUGACACCUAUGGAAAAUCAUCUGUUUAAUGGCAGUUGGGAAUUAAAAAUCGCUUGAUAAUUCAGUUGUCUUCCACCCCUGAUAUAGGGUAAGGACUGCAGAUGUUCCUCACUCAAUACGAUCAAAUGAAAUGUAGAUUUAUAACAUGUCUUUACCUUCUCAUCAAAACAACAAUUGAAGUGAGGGGGUGAAAUUCUCAAGAUCGUCAAUACCGGGCCUUGGUUUCCCAGUCUGCUUUGUGAUGGCUCGGGGUAUUUGAACAAUGACCUAAUCUCCGGUCCCUGGCCCUCAAGGCAGAUCUGAUAUUGUCUGUCAAAUGGAUGUUGUUGGCUCAUCCCAUGGAAAGCACUGCGGUGCACACGGACAAGAGGGAUGAUUCAUUCAACAGAAGCUACUGACUUUAAAGGUAGUUAGGAGUUAUUCCCUAAAAAAUAUUUUGGUGGACAUGAGACUUGACCAUGAAUGAAUUCUGUUGUUGGAUUAUGUCAACUUUACAGUAACUCAGUGUUGCAAACCAAAAUUAUUUUGUCUAUGAAAAUCAAAUGUUUUCCGCAAAUGUUUCGAUUGUUUUCUUGAUCUUUAUCAAUGAUCUGUUCAAAUAGGGUUCCUCAGACCCUAACAAGUCAAACAGACCAUACAGCCAGUCGUUAGUACUCCACCAUUAAUCAACUACAGUGACUACACUAUAUUCACAGUUUUUACUACUUACCACGGUGUAGAGUAAUAUAUGAUGUGGUGUUGAGUACAAAAUGUGUCUACAGUCAUGUAUGUCUAAGCUUGUUUAUUUAUGGCCUUGUUUCUGUUCCCCAGCAGAGAGGCAUUUCCUAGAAUUCUACACCAGGAGUGCUAAUGCGUCUGUAUUGAAUUAAGAGAGUUGGUUUCCUGAGCUGGUUUACUCUGGCGAUGUUUAAAGACCAUGUGAGAGACAGGGCUCUGAAAUGUGGAGGAGAUAUAAAUCAUGAAACUUUUUUUUAACUCUUGCUUGUAAAUAUCUCACAAGAAGGAAGUCUUAGGGAGUGGGGAAUAGUUUCUGUCUGAGAACCAAUUUCACAGGGGAAAAUCUGAUAAGGAUGUGAACUUGUAAGCCAUUGGAGUAGAUGUAAGACCGGUGAAAUCUAACCGUUGUAAUAUCACUAAAGUCCAUGGCUGAUGGGAAAAGUGUUCUUUAUCAUAUCUAUAGUAAGGAUUCUUUUGUGCCAGUAUCUGAAAAUACUGUUCUCCUGGGAUACAUGUUAGCUGAUGAUGACUAGCGGAGGAUGCUUUGUCAAUAGGCUAUUCUCAGUAACUUCACUGAGCCUACUUGUAUUCAAUGCUUUACAGAAAGCAAACAUAUCCAAUAUACUGUCUAUAUUUUUUUUUUUAGGUUUCAUUUACUUACAAUUCAACAACACACGUACCAAAGUCUGUAAUACAAACCAGUACAUUUGUCUAUGAGUAUGGCUUAGGUUUGAAUCUGAUAAACGUCUUGUGUUCGGGCAAUUUCUUGCUCAACCAAGUGUUGCUCAAUCGAUGGUUCUGAAUGUCUUUGGAAUUUUGAGCGGAUCAAGGUAAUCAAGAUGUUGAUGUUAUUAGUUUCCCAGAGAAAAAGAUAAGAUUUGUGUAGCCUACCGUUCUGCCUCCCAAUUCCAGUGGCUAGGAGGAGUCGUUUACAUCAGUGCAGACUGUCGGUCACAUAGGCUGAUAGAAGUUAUAAAUAUAUAGAAUGCUUUGCAGGAGUAUAUCGACAAACUUGCACAAGUAGGCUGAAUCAAUGUAGAAUUACUUAACGACGAAGAGUGUAAUGCUUGGAAUAAAAUAAUUUUCAGAACAUUUUAAUGUCGUCGUUGGAGGUAUUACGGAUUCCCAAAUGUAAGUUUUUAAGUUAUAGAAUUACCAAUUACUAAUUUGCGCGAUCUAAAUAGCUUCAGGAAGAACACUUUGUUCUUUAGACCAGCAAUUGUUAAAGCGUCAAUACUUUAAUUUUUACUUUGAUAUUUUACUUUGAAAUGUGAAUGAUUAAAACUGAAAUUAUGGUUCGCUUUUUGAAUGGUAAGUGUCAGUCUAAAUUCUGGAAAUAGAGAAAUGUUGCCUGUUUAUUAGAUCUUUCUUUCUAAUAAUUUUACCUGUGAUCAUCUAUUAACGCUGUGGACUUGAUUAAACCUUAAGUAUAUACGCUAUCGUCGGUUAAGGUAUCGUGACUGUAGAAAGUAAAUACACCUUUUAACUUUAUAACAUAAAUUCAACAUUGACCUGUAGCCCCACACGCUGUGGUGGCAAACAUAUUGAGACAAUUUAAGUGUGUGAUAGCAUCAUCACAGCUUUUGGUACUGUAUGUUGUCUGCUGAUACUAAAGUUAUAAUUGCAAAUGUUUUUGUGGAUUCUCUAUUGGACUGCUCAAUUCCUUUCAUGCUGUGCCUUAGCCUCUCAAUGACACUCCUGCGACCUUGGAUGUGAAGCGACAUCCCAUGGAUCCAUCCUUUGAGCUGUCCUCUCACUUGGCACCCAUGGCCUCGACACCCCCUCCUCCAUCUGUGUCUCCAACCCCACCCCCACCCAGGUCUCCCCCUUCUCCCCCACCCCCACCUAUGUCUCCCCCUCCUCCACCACCCACAUCCCCCCCACCCCCACCUCCUCCCCUGCCCUCGAGCUCUCCGACCCGUCAUGGUUCCCUGCAGCUGCGGAACUUGAACUGGGACCUCAUCCCCAAAGAGAAGGUGGAGGGGCGGUUUAGUGUUUGGACCGGUCCAGACGAGUUUCCCAUCGACCUGAGCUCUCUGAACGAGCUGUUUGGGCAGACGAGGUCUCGCACCCACAAGAGAGAGUCGGACGCAUGCCACGGUCUCCGACCACUUGGUUCCCCACCACGAGCCAAACAGGUGUCAAUUCUAGAUGGAAAGCGCAGCAUGAAUGUAGGUAUCUUCCUCCGGCAGUUCAAGAGUGCAGUCAAGGAGAUUGUGGAGGAUAUCAAGCAGGGUUCCAGUCAGCGCUACGGAAGUGAAAAGCUCAGUGAACUCUGCAAACUGCUGCCUGAUUCAGAGGAGGAGAGGCGCCUGAGAGGCUACCGAGGGGAUCCCAGUCAGCUGGGGGACGCAGACCUCUUCAUGCUGCUGUUAGUGGAGGUGCCGAGUUAUCGCUUGCAUCUGGAUGCCAUGAUUCUACAGCAGGAGUUUGACCCCACCUUGACUGCACUGUGUGAAUCAGCGCGUUGCCUGGUAACUGCAGCCACAGAGCUUCUGAGGUGUCCAGAGUUGCAUUCCAUCAUCCGUCUGGUACUGAGGGCAGGGAACCACAUGAACGAAGGCGGGUACGCAGGAAAUGCUGCCGGGUUCCGCAUCGCCUCCCUGCUGAAACUAGCUGACACCAAAGCCAACAAACCAGGAAUGAACCUGCUCCAUUUUGUAGCCAUGGAAGCUACGAGGAAAGACCCCGCCUUGCUCUCCUUUCCCCUGAAGCUGAGCCAUCUUGGGCCUGCCUCCAGACUGUCUGUGGAUGGAGUACAGGAAGAACUGUCUCAGCUGAAGAGUCGAGUAGCAGCUCUACGGUCAAGGACUGAAACAGAACAUGAUCUCCUGCUGCAGACGAAACCCUUCUUCCAGAGGGCGAGUGGGAGGCUGGAGGAGGCCGAAGUGGAGGCCGAGGCCUUACUGAAGGCCCAGCAAUCCCUUGUUGACUUCUUCUGCGAGGACGACGUCACAUUUAAGCUCGAGGAGGCCUGUAACAUCUUCCAUUCCUUCAAUGUUCGCUUUCAGAAAGCUGUCGAGGAGAAUGCUAAAAGGAAGCUACUGGAAGAGAAGAAGGCAUCGAGGAAUGGAGCAGAGAAAGAGAAGGGCGGAAUUGUGAGGUGGCGUUCCAUUGUCACCUGCUCCGUCCUGGGGGCGGGACUCGGGGGCAGUCCUGGAGACGACCUGGAGAGCUCAUUGGAGCGCAGUCUCGUCCAUAUUUUGAGCCGACGCAACGUGAGGAGCCCGGAAGGCAGGCCACGUGCCAUCAGCCCUUUACAAAGCCUGCAGCAGACAAACAUGAAUGAAAAGUUGGAGGCCUCACCCCGUGCUGGUUCACCACAGACAAAACCUCAGUUGUCCCCCGAGCCCACAGACUCUGUCCUGGAAAGGGCUGCCCAGAAGCCUCCUCCUGGAGACGAUGUACAGCCGUCCCUGGAGGGUCAACCCAAGUCGACUCAGCUAGUCUCCAACUCACAGACACAGCAAGACACAGCUUCAUCCAAACCUUCCGAAGGACCAUCUCUGGAAUGGGAGGGUCUGUAUCCACUCUUGGGAGACACAGUCGUUUGUCAUACGCUUGUAAGUGGCCUACGUUCCUACAGAAACCUAGCGCCGUCCCUGCCCACUCCAGGAGUGUGGAAAGGGACUAGGAUAGGGGCUAUGGGCGAUGCUGACACCCCCAAUGCCAACCCUUCUUCUGGUUCUUCUGCUACUGCUUGUGCUAGUCCAUCUUCCAUCCCCAGACUCCAAACCACAUCAGAGACAGCUUUGCCUUGCCGCCUUCCUGUGAAAGUCAACGUGCGAUCCCCUGCACCUUCAAAAAUCAGAAAGGGGACUGACUAUACUGAGCAGACAAAAAAGAGGAAUCCAAUUCACCACAUGUUCAAAAAAGUCAGACUAGAAAAGGAAAGGGUGAAGGUAAAGGAGAAAGUCAAAGAUAAUGAGAAAGUAAAAACGGAAAAGGGGAAAGAACAGGCGAAGGAGGAGGACAAAGAAAGUGGAAAAGGAAUAGGCAGCGAGAGGGAAAGUGAAAGAGAAGCCGAGAGGGACACCAAAACAAAACAAGAGAAAGGAAGAAAGAGAGAGAAGACAAAGAGAGAGAGAAAGCACACAAAGGAGCAAACGAGUGAAGAAUUGAAAGAAAGGGACCAGCUGAAUCCCUCGAAUGACAGGGAGAUGGACAAGGAGCUCCAACCGAAUCCCUCAAAUGACAGGGAGAUGGACAAGGAGCUCCAAAUGAAGCCCGAGACGAGAUCCACUCUGCGCGUCUCCAAACAGCUAAACCUCCAACCCGGCUCCUCGGUUUGUUCUCUCCCCAACCUCGCUCUCCAGAACUCCACCACAGCCAGAGUCUUACGGUGUGUAGUCAUCGCUGCUGCAGCUGUGAGAAGAGACAGGAACAGCAGGUCUAUGAUUCCAAGGAUCUCAGGGUCAAAGAGGCCCGCGUCUCAGUGCCCCAGUCAUCUGUAGAAGUGAUUCGCAGACGUGUGAACACGCUCAGACUUGACAGACAAUCACCGUCUUUUAUAUGCAGACUUUUAUGAGGUGUUUCUCAGAGGAAUUGCCAGAUAUGUAGUACAUAUUAUCUGUGAGAAAGACAAAAGAGUGCUCUAGAACGCUCUUAGAACGCUCCCUAAGAAGCGCUUAGCGAAAAGAGCUUCUUAACGAAUCUGGGAAACGCGACCCUUGCUGUUAGGUCUUAGUAUAGAUGGAAAGUAUAGCACCCUUCAGAAAAACCUGAUUAAAAUAGCAAAAAAGGUUUGAAUUCAUUAAUGUAAUUUAUUUAAAUUAUUCAUCAAAUUCAAUGGAUCAAUUCUUGUGGAAUUGUGAUAAAAUAACACUUGUGCACAGAGAAAAGAAAGAGAAUGUUUGUUAAUAUGGAGGUUAUAGUAUGUGAUGGAGAGUGGAUCGUAAGCUGUUUUGAGAAAAUAGUUUUUACUUCUAUGAGGGGAAGAGAGUAAAGGGAUUGGAGCAGGUCGGUGUAGGUUUGAAUUGUUCACUUUAGUGCAUGGCCUUCUGUUUAAAUGUGGAUUUUGUCAUAACUGUCAUUUUGGACGAACAA